AUGCUCGCGCCUCCGCCGGAAUACAACGGCUCGCAGCCGGGCUCUGCUCCGACGAGCAGGCCUCCGUCAGCUAUCAAUGCCUCGACCCAAGUGCGAUACGAGGACCCCGACUUCACCCAUCCGCCGGAUCUCAACUACAGCCUUCGCACGCGCAAGAAGAGUAUCGCCAUCUUCUGGUGUCUCAUCGUCGUCGACUGCAUCUUCACCCCCAUUGCCCUUUACUUUGGCCUUUGGUAUGGCACGAACCUGUCGCACAAUGCCGUCUUCAGUAUCAGCACCGGAACUCUCGGCAGUGUCUCUAUCUUCGAGUACUUCAUCCGCUUCUACCGGCUGUGGAAAAAGGGUUCGGAUUGUCGCGUCAUUGGCGCUCAGCGCACUUAUCUCGACUGGUUCCACUGGAAUCUCUCGAUCGCAUGGAUAGCCGUCAUGAUCGAACUGAUCGUCGGCACCGUACCGAAAGAACCACCUAUCCGACUGCUGGCCAUGCCCGUCCCCAGUAUGGUCUUCGCCUUUGGCGUCGAGCUGCUCAUCAUGGACGCCGCCCGCAUCGCCGGAUAUAGGGCACCGGUACGCAUCUCAUCGCUGCCGCAAGGUGCGCCGCUGCGCCCCGGCAUCUACUCUGUCAUUGAGGAUGUGGUUGCUGUUGACGGCGGCGGAGGUACCGAGUUCCGUCAGCGCCUUAACCUGCGCUACAUGGCCAGCCACCUGUUCCGGCAAAUGCUGCACCGCCUGACUUUGUUCUGGGCGGUUGGCGCCUGCGUUAUUGCCAGCGUUACGACUGCUCUCAUAUUCACUAUUCAGCGUGAUGCUGCCUAUGUGGUCGGCUGGACUGUCCCCUUCAUUUGGGCUGGUGUCUGGACCUGGAUCACCAUCAUCUGGGUGCAGCGCAGCCUCAAAGACGAAUACGCCAAGUGGUCCGAAGUCAAGUGGAAGGCGUAA